UUCUACGUCACGCGGUGCUUUCCACAGUGGGCGUGUCCACAGCCGGCAUAUUUCAUUCAUAAAUCUACUUAACGCCUUUACAGAGAAAUAAAGGCGCUGCGAGAAGCUCGCUUGCUCUGGCUGAAACAUUUUUACAUGGAUCCCGCAAAUUACAACUAGGUAAGCUUGCACAGGAGUAUCCUUUUAAUGUUUCCGCAUUUUGCACUGUUGUGAUUUAUUUGCUAUAUGCAUUAGAGUAGCAUUGUUAUGUAAUAUAUUUAGGCUAUGCAAUGGAUGUAAUGGGAGUUUUCUUAAAAACAGAGUUAUUCACUUUAUACUUGAUCAUGUGCAUGUCAAGAAUGUUAGAAAUCUGGAGGCUCCUUAUCAUUGGUGCUGAACAGGACGGCAUUAACCUCUAAAAUAAUGCCACCUUAGCUCAUAAAUCUUCUAUAUGAUCAAUAUUUUUGGGGAUCUGUGUGAUUUCCAUAUUAUGUAACAUACAUGUAAUAGGAUAUGCCUUAACAGUAUCUGGUUUUGGUUCCCCUGCACUGCAAAGCACUGCAUAUUUUAGUGAUUUUAUACAGAUCUUAUACACCUGCUUUAAUACACUGAGAUUGGUUAAAAUGGGUGUGUUAGAGAAAUAAACUCUGCAGUCAACUACAAGGAGACUCCAAAGAAUGCAAAGCACUGCAACAAAUGCAAAGUUUAGUAGGUUGGCCAAUAUUUACCAUCUGACUGAUGAGGUGGUUUUGAUGUGAUAUAAAAUUGACACAGUAGUUAUGCUCAGAUUUUACCUUUAAAAUCACAGAACUUGUGAACAUUCAUGUGUUCAGCUCAUUUAACUCAUACAAGAACAGAAGACCUUCAAUAAAUAAUUUCUGCCCCAAAUCAAAACACAUUUGGAUUUAUUAACAGCCAUGGUUUUAAUUACCGUUGGAAAAUGUGCAGGAAGUCAUUACAGUUUUUUUUUUAAUAUAACAGUUACAUAAUAUUGUUUGAUUAGAUGUGGAUCAUCAGGCAUCACUGAGGCAAUAAAGCAUCAGUCAUUUUGUGUGUGUGUGUGUGAGAGAGAGAAAGAGAGAGAGAGAGAGCGAUAAUGUUGAGCUGUUAUGAGCCUGUGGGUGGGCAGGGACAGGCUAAGUAUGCAGCAGGAACUGAGAGCUUUGCUGCAAGACACACACGCUGAACGCUGCUUACUUGCACAUUCACACUCACACACUCACACACACACACACACACACACACACACACACACAUAAAUACACUGACUUCAGACAGCAUCUCAGCAUUGAAGAAACACGGACUGCACACACAUCGCUCUGCAUGUUGCCUUUUCCCUGCUAUAUGAGAGAGAGGAAGUGCUUGGAAGGAGGACACACCUGCUGACCUGGACCAUGAGCAAUGAGUCUGCCGUCUGGAAAAACCUAACAGAGGACCCCACAGAGCUUCCUGUGGAGCGCGGGGUGCAGGAUGGAUACAUACUCCAGCUUGUUCUUUUGUCCAUCUUCCUCGCGGUGACGCUCGUCCUCCUGUCUGUCCUGUUGAUUGCCUGUCGGCGCUGUUGCGAGGGGGAUCGGAGCUAUGCUCGGUUCAUUCCCUGCUUCAGGCGUAGCGAUGAUCCAGAGAAGACAACCACCUCCUAUAUUGAGGAAACGCAGCCAGUGCAUGAAAUCACAAUCCGUGUGGAUGAGUCAGAGUGUUUGUCGGCAGCCAGCUCCCACGACAUGGAGACUGAGCGCUUCCUGUCCACGGGAAGCACAGGUCGGCGUGUGUCCUUCAAUGAGGCGGCCCUCUUCGACCACAGCAAGAAGGCACAGGAGAAAGGCCGAAGGUACACACUCACUGAGGGCGACUUCCAUCACCUAAAGAAUGCCAGGCUCACACACCUCCACCUCCCGCCGGCCGCCCUCAAGAUCGUCACCAUCCACGAGUGUGAGUCAUCGGAGAACAACAUUGCCAUGACAACACGGCCUGUCGCUAAAUCCAGCCUCUCCAUCUUCCAGCCUCCAAUGCGCCCACUGCCACAGACAGCUCUUAGUAGCCUAAGUCCCAGUUCAGCUCUGCCAGGUGAUUCCUUCAACUCCACUGUGGAUGCCAGCUUCUGUGAAAGCCCACCAUCUCCAAGCCCAGAGCCUCCAAGACCCAGCCUGAUGGAGGUUAGAGGUACAAGCUUGAGGAAUGGGGGCAGCCCUGCCAGUGGCCGAGAGGCAGCACUCACUUCAGCCUCGAGUGUCUCUUCCUCAAGCGGUGCCCCUCAGGGUCCAGUAUUGCAUUUCUUCACCAAGCUGAGGCGGCAUGCCAGUCUGGAAGGAGCCAGUCCUUACCUUAAGAUCAAGCGAUGGAAGUUUGACAGCAGCCAGAGAGCCUCCAGCCUGGACACCAGAGCAGGCUCCCCCAAACGGAGGCCAUUCCAGAGGCAGCGAGCAGCCAGUGAAAGCAUGGACCAGGAGGAGAAUGGUGCCCACCACAUCGACCUCAUCCAGUACAUUGCCCGCACCAAGGACGUGGCCUAUUGCCCACCACGUCUCCUUUCCCCCCCAUCCACACCCCCACCGUCCCUCGGCAGGUUAGAGGUGGAGGUGAUGGUGGAGCCAAGCUGCAGCAGAGCAAUGGGGCCCGGGGUGAUUGGCCUGAGUGCUGAGCCCCAAGACGAGGCUCCUGGCAUGGGUUGUCGUCGGGAGAGCACAGAUCACCAGAGCCUUUAUCGUGACAUCUGGAACUUGCGUGCUUCUUUGGAGCAGUACAUCUCCUCUGACCAGAGCAGCAACAAUGACAAAGACUCAGUGCAUAGUGAUGCAGACAGCGUGUCCUCACUUAGGCUUAGGACAGAGAAGGGUGGGUUGCCCAGUUAUCCCUCCCAGGACAUUGGGGAUGGGAUGGAAGGGGAUGCAGAUAUUCCUGGGGGUGAGGGUCUGGAGAAAAGAAGAAAACAGGACAGCGUGGACUCUGAAAAAGGGAGCGAUGAAUCAGGUACCCGGAAACUCCUGCAAAUGGAUAGUGGCUACGCAUCUAUAGAUGCCCCCUCUCGUGCUCCUGAUGAGGUACGGCUGUUCAGGAGCAGCAGUGGUAGCAAGGAGGAAUCAGAAUCAGCCAUGGAACGCAGAUACUUCUUCACCAGCUCUGGAUAUAGAGGAACAGUGUGUGAAAGCUUUGACACAGAUAUCUUGGAUGAAGAACUUGAAGAAGAACCUGGGGGAGCUAGUGGAGGUAGUGAUGCAGUGAUGGAACUGGACGAGGGUGGUUUGGUGUGGUCGCCCUAUGGGCAGAUGUUCACACAGUCUGAUGCUCAGUCUCGUAUUCCAGCCUUGUCUUGCCGGGACUACAGCAUAGAUGAAAAAACAGAUGCACUCUUCCAUGAGUUUCUGCGCCAUGAUCCCCAGUUUGACCAGCAGGAGUCACCGGUGCGCUCGAAGCAUCGUUCUCGUGUGCAUCUACGCAAGCAGUGGCAGCGCUCGAAGCAGUACAGUGAUCCUGGCCAGCGCUUCCACUCCUCCUUUGACCGUUACCGCACCCCUCUUCGUCGUGGAGAGACUGUUAACUACCCUCUGGAAAGUAGCUACCACAGCACACUUCCUCGAAUUGUCAGUGGUCCAGAUGAGGAAAACAGUGAUGGGACUGCCAACCUUGCAGAGAAUCAUUGCUUGGGAGCUGCUGAAAAGAGUCUUGCAUCUCCAAAGGAUGACCACAUAAAGCACCCUUCCAGUACUGACACUAGUGGAGAUUUGAAGGAAGAGGCAGAACUUGCACCCUCCAAACUCCCUCCGGUGACUGAUAGUACUCUGGGUCAACCAGAAGUCCUUGCAGAAGAGUCCAGGCACACAGUCCAGCCUCUUGAGCCAACAGAUGGGCAUUCACCCCCACAGCUAGCCGAAACUGGGUACGGUCCUCAGACAAUCACGGCAGAGCUGAGUGAUAAACUAUCUGUGACCCUUGAAGAGCGUCUGUAUUCUGACUUACGCAGGACCAGGGAGCAACCUGAGUGUUUGCUGACAGCCACGCAUGCCUCGCCCGACCACAGCCCAGUGUAGCACAUGGCUCCACUCAUCCCAACCAACUCUAUGCUGAUAUCUCAACAGGGCUUCAGUGAUCAAAAGUUCAGUGGAAAUUACCCUUAGACACUGAUCUGGGACCAGGUUUGGUUGUCAUUUUAGGGUUAGGAUCACAGCAGCAGAACACAGAGAGUGGAUCCUUGGUCAGCUUUUAAGGGGAACUUCAUUCUACAUCAUCUCCAGUGUUAAGUAAGUGGAGAUCAAGACACUUACCUCACAUCUGACAUGCUAUUAAAUCAUUUUUGAAUGGUGUCUGUAUGGUUUAUUGCUUUAUUCAGGCUCCAUUUAGUUAUGUGUUGAGUUCAAAAGCCAAUAUAUUCUCUGCACUAGGUAAUCCACUGUGAAAUUGGGUGCUACUAGACUUGCGAUUAAUAUCCUUUGGCUUUGAUUUGCCAUAUUUCUACACAGUACAUUGAUUCAGACUCUUAUUUUGGACACUACACUCCUAAUUCAGAAGAGAGAAAGGACUAAUCCAUGAUAUAACCUUUGUCUCUGAUAUAACCUUCUCUUGAUUUAUGUGUGUUAUAGAUUCAGUUCCUCUUUUCCAAAUCUUUCUAGCCCAUUCUAUCUGCUUGGCUUUAAUCAUGUUUGAAUAAUGACAAAAUGAGCUAUGUAUGUUGCACUACAAUGAUCUGUGUAUGCACUUUUCAUGAUUUCAACCACAGUGUUCUUCAUUAAGUGUCCUUGUCGUAGUGUGGUGUGGUUCAUACUAGAACUACUGGUAUGGGAGAAAAACUGCCUUUUGUGCAAUACAUGUAAUGAAUGUUAUGAGCUUUUGUUCUUAAUCAUACUAUUUAUUAUUGCUUUAAUAUUUAAUGCUAAUGUAUGUGUUUUUUUAAGUGUCUGAAGAAAGAGAAUAGAUUUUGUGUAUGAGGUUUUAGACUGUAGGUGCCGAAUCAUUACGUCAGGUAAGCUAAUUUUCACAUUAUAAUUUAAAAAAAAAAAGAAAAAAAAGUAUUUGUGAUAAACAGAGGGUUUAAAUGAGGCCUGUGCUCCAGUGUGUCUCCAGAGUCACUUGUGUUUUAUUAGAUUUGAUGAGGGAGGCAUGCUGCUUCCUGCAUGCUUGUCACAGACCAACCACUAUGUGUUCAUUAACAUUUCAUUUUUAUGUGAAGACAAUGGGAGAGAAGCGUCCCCAAAGGCUAACCGCUCAUCAGGCCUUGAGAGAGAAAUUAUAAAAGGGUUGUUUGUGGUAAAUCCUAUAUCGACAAAUAACCCAUGCAAGUGGAUCUUGCUACAGACGCCACAGUUCUAGUCAAUAUCAAUUAUCCAAUCAAGGGGAUUAAAGGCAGAAAUUACAAUUAAAGGAUUCAUGGGAAGAGUAGAUGCGAUUAGCAGCUGUUGUUGGUAAAAGCCAUUUGUGGAUUGUGUGGCAGAGCAGACUUUCCCAGACUACAGAACCUAAGUGAUGUAUUUGAACCUUUAAGAGCAGGAUUCAUCUCAGCUUUUUCCUCCCUCCUUUUUAUAUUGUCACCUGAGAUGGUGAGGAGGAAAAAAGACCAUUAGCCUUUAUUUUAGCUGAGGGAGGUUGUUUAAAAUGAGCUACAAAUAUGUACAUAAAAUAAAGAAAGAUAUGUUGGUUUAGAGUGGCAUUGCAUGCUUAAUCUUGCUCAGGAUUGCUAAUAUGACAGAUAAAGCUUCAAUAAACUGUGCUUAAAACAUCAUCUACCAUUGAUAUGAUGCCUUUGCCAUCAUCUGUAUCUCUUUACGUCACAGUGUAUAACUAAAUUCACUGCAUACUUGCUGCUUGCUCUGUUCCAGAUGACAUCAGCGUAAUUUCAAUCAAACAUACCAAGAACAAUUGUACAGAGGGCAAUUCUGAGAUGUAUACAAGCACAAUAGUUUCCUUUUGCAGGUUAUAGGUUAGUCUUUACUUAGGUAUAGACUUAAAUGCCAGAUGCUUGGGUGAUGUUUUGUGUGUUAUCAAGUAAUCUGUCUAAUGCAUCGAUGCAUUACUGUGCAUAGUUUUGCAUGAGAUGAAAUCAGUUUUAGUAAAGAUAACUGUUUUAUUCAGAUUUAAAUUUCAGCACCAAAUUAGUUAAUACCUAAUGGAUGCUUAUUUGUUUGAAGCAUAAAAUAAACAGAAAUCAGAAUGAUAUUUGUUCUGAGAUAGUUUUUAAAUAUUUUAUGGAGUCUAUUUAUUUUAAGAGUAUGCCUUGGGAAUAUAGAAGAGAUUUUGCUAAGAAUAUGUCCAUCGCAGAAAAAUAUUUUUACUUUGCUAAUAUAUUUCCACUGGAGAGAUUUUUGCUUGCUGUAUUUCCAUGGAAAAACAUAUUUCUGUAUAAUUGCUUGAUAUUUAAAUGGACCAGUUUAAAGAGGAAUAAAAUGUGAGGAACAAUGAAUAAAAUUUUUCAGAACAAUUUUUGUUUACCUCAAUAUCUUAAGCCCUGAGGGACCAACUGAUGGAAAUGUUUUGGGUUUAUGUUUUCCAAUUAGUCAAUAAAGAAAAAUGCAUUA